CGCUUCCAGCUCAGCAUACUUGGUGUGUCCCGGUGUAUGCGAGCCACUCUCCUUUAAAGAUCUUCCUAGUUUGCCGCUCAUUACACUUCUCCCUAAGUUUCCUCUCGUUAGUUAUCUCUCCAUCCUUCCACCUUAGCAUCUGUCUUGAUCCCCGACCAUCCAUCCAUCCAUCCAUCCAUCCGCAGUGUGGCGUCAGCAGCAGCAUUAUGGUAGACAGUAAGGUCCCUCAGCCGGGACCGGCCAAGUUGAAGCGCAAUGCAGGCCCCGACGAGUGGCUCGAAGCAGCGAAAGACUGCAAGUAUCUGUCCGAGUCUCACAUGAAACAACUCUGUGAGAUUGUGAAGGAGUUCAUGAUGGAAGAGUCGAACAUCCAGCCCGUCUCAACCCCGGUUACGAUUUGUGGAGAUAUUCACGGUCAAUUCUACGAUCUGCUGGAAUUGUUCAGGGUUUCUGGCGGAAUGCCCAAUGAAUCGGAAGUCGAGCCUCCCAAGACCUCGCCCUCAGUCAUAACGUCCGACGAUAUCGAGCCUCCAACCACCAUCAGCGAUCCCAAAUUACGGAAGAAGCUUAGAAACUCUGGAGAGAGCGCAGAAGGCGGCGACGACGCAGCCUCCGCCUCCAGUCAACGGGGCCGCUCCUCGAGCGCAGGCUCGAAUGAAGUGACACUGAACCGCAAUUUCGUCUUCCUCGGUGAUUACGUCGACCGAGGAUAUUUCAGCUUGGAGACUUUGACGCUUCUGCUCUGCCUCAAGGCGAAAUACCCUGAUCGAGUCACGUUGGUGCGUGGCAAUCACGAAUCUCGCCAGAUCACUCAAGUAUACGGCUUCUACGAGGAGUGCUUCCAGAAGUACGGCAAUGCAUCUGUGUGGAAGGCCUGUUGUCAAGUGUUCGACUUCAUGACGUUGGGGGCUAUUAUCGACGGCAGGGUGCUGUGUGUACACGGAGGGCUGAGUCCGGAAAUCCGGACACUUGAUCAAGUCCGCGUUGUCGCUCGAGCGCAGGAGAUUCCCCACGAGGGCGCCUUCUGUGACCUGGUCUGGUCGGACCCUGAUGACGUUGAAACCUGGGCUGUCAGUCCCCGAGGAGCCGGCUGGCUUUUCGGCGACAAAGUUGCCGAUGAGUUCUGCCACGUCAACGACCUGACCCUGAUCGCGCGAGCGCAUCAGUUGGUGAACGAGGGGUACAAGUACCACUUCAGCAACCAGAACGUGGUGACUGUAUGGAGCGCGCCCAACUACUGCUACCGAUGCGGCAACCUCGCCUCGGUGUGCGAGAUCAACGACGACCUCAAGCCGACGUUCAAGCUGUUCAGUGCAGUGAGUGACGAUCAACGACAUGUUCCGACAUCGCGGCCGGGCCGCAGCGAAUACUUUUUGUAAAUUACCCACCUCGCGAUUUGAUUUGUGGCCUUGGAAUCUCCGUGGAUAUCUCAGGGCGUUUUACACCGCACCGGCGCUGGCGUUGGGAGUGAAUUACAGGAUGGUGCUCAGGCUCCAGUUGGGUAUGGGCAAGUGAUGGACAAUGGACAGCAUACAUAACGACCGAGGGCAUUAAUGAAGUUAUUGUUAUCAACUCUAUAGAGCUUUGAUUCUAGGAUACUUGAUACGUUACCGCAGAGUUUGAUGAAUUGGAUGAUUGAUUGCGUG